AUGGCGAGCACCUCCUCUUCCCCCGAUGUCCCACCUUUCCAAGGCUAUGUCGAGACGACAGAAAACGCACUACGCCUCAUUCAUGCCGCCAGACAGGGAGUCGUACCACGCAUAACACGUCGACUAAACGACACCGAAAGACGGUCGAUGAUCAAGAGCGGAGCGGUUUUCAUCUUCAGCGUCGAGGAAAGUGGAAUUAAGCGGUGGACCGACGGACUCUUGUGGUCACCGUCCCGCAUCGUUGGAAACUUUUUGGUAUAUCGAGAAAUCAAUGAACGAGCAAGUAGCCGAGGAAAUGGCCACAAGAAAACGUAUCCCAGCGACGACAACAGAGCACUCAGCGUUCACCGAAAUUCUCCUGGCCUUUCGGGGGGAUACAAGGGCUCCUCAUCCAGCGGCGGUGAUCAAGGAACGUUUAAACCCGGCGGACUGAUUAAGAAGACAAUCACUGUUACAAUUGAAGGAUCCGACCUUCAUCUCAUUUCAUACUAUACAUCCGAAGACAUCAGGGCUGGAAAACUGAAGAGGCCGUCAUCCCGACCUGACAUCAUGGGGAUUUACAUGUCACCCCAUAUAUUCCGCCUCACAAAUUUCCGUGUACCUCCAAAGGUCGAAAUUGGGCCAGACGGAAGGCCAAGAUUGGUCUCCGAGCCUGAAGAUCACGAUAAUGGCAGGGUUGAAGAGCAAACCUACCCCAGCCCUACCCAUUCCCAUUCGCCGGCGUCAUCCAUAGGCCACUCUCCGGUUGAUACCUCGUUUUCAGGAAACCAGUUGUACCCCAUCCCAUCGCUGAACAGUAACGUGAACACCUCCGUAGGAUUUCCGAGAAAUAAUAUUUCGGAUAGAUGGUCAGGGGGUAUCGAUGCCUUGCGAGCACCGACUCCGCUACGGCAGGAUAACUCGUGGACCAUGUCUCCAACGUCCGGGCAGGUUUCCAGUUCAUCUCGCCGAGAAGGCGGUUCCCUGCCUUCCGCAGACUCUUGGGCAUCUCAAAUUCAUUCGAGCAGAAAUUGGCACAACGAUUCGUCAUACGAGUCCUCGGACUUGGCUCUGGAUAGACAGACCAGAAUCCGCACAGGCCACCAUCCUUAUCAAAAUGCAGUCACUUUGAGAGACCACGAUUCGUCCUCCCACUUCGGAAGAUAUUCUGCUGGUCGCAGCAAUAGAGAAGUCGGGUCUCAAAGGUUGCCUUGGCUUCUGCCCGGUGAUACGACAUCUGACCAGAAAGACAGUGGCAGCACCCGUGCUCUGCACAGCGGAAGAACCUCCUACACUUCGUCGUCUUCCUUGCCGUUCGCUUCGGAAGGGUAUUCAUAUCCUGGAGGGUGGCCUUCUUCUGCGGAAAGUGGCAAUAACCUAGACAUUGCACCACAACCCCCAUUUUCUCCGUCAAAUUUGCAGACGUACAACUCGACUUACCCCUCGAAUACUGGUGAACUGAUGGUCUAG